AUGCCAAAAAAGUUUAAAAAGAAAUAUCCGAACUGCCGUGUCAUUAUUGACUGUACUGAAUUUUACACAGAAACUCCACAAUCUUUAGCUAAUAAAUCCAUCAUGUAUUCUCAUUACAAAUCUCAUAUGACAUGUAAAGCGUUGUUGGGUAUUAGCCCUUCUGGAAUAAUAACAUUUGUCUCGGAUUUGUGGACAGGUAGUAUAAGUGACAGACAGUUGACAAUGAAAUGUGGUUUACUAGAUUUGUGUGAAGCUGGGGAUGCUAUUAUGGCAGAUAAGGGAUUUGUAAUAUCUGACUUAACAACACCCAGAGGCAUGCAUCUUAUCAUACCUCCUUUAAAAAUGCAGCGUUUUAAUCGCAGACAGGUUGAAGAAACCCGAAGGAUUGCAAAUUUAAGAACUGAUGUAGAACGUGCUAUGGAAAGGGUAAAAAACUUUCGAAUUCUGCAAGGUGUGAUGCCAAUUACCCUUUCACAGCAGGCAUCUAAAAUAUUAAAGAUCUGUGUUGGACUUUCAAACAUGUUACCCCCUCUGGUGCAUGAUGGUGAUGAUUAA